ACUUUUGAAUGAAGUUAUAAUAAAAAUGAAUGAUUGAUUGUAUUUAAUUUGUUUUAUAGUUGUUUCCGAAGUGAAUGAAUACAAGCGUAUAUGUGAAGAGUUGCAUUCAUUAGGUUCGGGAGCUUUUGGGGAAGUAUUUGUUGUUAAAUGGAAAUAUGAUGGACGAGAAUAUGCGGUUAAGAAAAUAAAAUACCAAGGUGAUAACAACUUACAGGAAUGUAUGCAAGAAAUGCAAAAAUUGAUAAAAGUUAGGUCAGAAUAUUGUGUCCAAUAUAAUAAUCAAUGGUAUGAUAACAAAAUGUUUUACAUUCAAAUGGAGUUGUGUUCCCAUAGUCUUCAGAAAAUUCUUGAACACAAACCACAAGUAUUUGGUCGACAACCGGAAGAACCCAUGAAUUCAAUCGAGUUUUACAUUUCGUGUCAUAUAUUCAAAGAGAUCUUAGAAUGCGUUCAAUAUUUACAUGAAUUAAAUCCUCCGGUCAUUCAUAGAGACCUUAAACCUGACAAUAUAUUAGUGGCGAAGACUUUAAGGAACCGUAGGUUUUUCAAAAUAUGUGACUUUGGUUUGGCUACUGUUCACCAGCACUCGUCAGAUAAGGGAGACCUGAGAUAUCAGGCGCCAGAAGUGGGUCAGAAGGGAGUGGUCUAUAACCAUAAGAUAGAUGUCUACAGUUUAGCUAUAAUUGCAGAAAAUGAUAUUUUUGGAGUUCAUUUGGAGGACAAACUACAUACCCGGCCCUCACUGGACAGACAGACCCGAGUGUUCACAAGUCUUCUACAGGUUGUGCCGAUCCGAUGGGAGCCAAUGAAGUACCGGAACUCCUGUCAAAUACCGGAUGCUCUCAAUAUAACUGAUGAACGCCUACACGUCUGGUGGGUGUCCGCCAAUUAUGCGGCACCUGAAUGGGCGGCACCGGUAGUGGCGGCUGUGGAGCCGAAUACCGGUCUGCCGGCAAAUCCUCAUCAAUAA